UCCUAAUGUUGCAAAUAUUAGACUGGGCUGCCUUGGAUUGGGUUACUUCGGCCCAGGGAUUAUCCUCUCCAGCGUAUCGCUAGACGAAACGAGGCUACCUUUGCGAAAUUGAAUACUUUGCGUUUCCUAGCGGUUUUGGCUAAGACCAAAUUUUCAUGAACCGCUUCUCUCUCGUCAUUCUCUUCGUUUCUUGAUUUUCAUUCCUAUCCUGAGUGGUUUAAUAUCUUGUUCGUAGUAACACCAUGCCACGCCCGAAUUCGAACGAGAAGCUGCCAGCUCAUGUCCAAGAUGCUGAGAUUGAUGAAGAGGUAGAAGCUCUUGAAGGAUAUGUCGUUGAUCCUAGCCAAUAUCCCGACAAUGCGGCGCGCCUGAAAACUAGUCCAGACGGUCGCUUCGUUCUGAUUCCGCAGCCUCUCGAUACACCCAAUGACCCGUUGAAUUGGCCAUCCCGGAAGAAAUGGUUUGCUGUAGCAAUAGUUGCUUAUAUUGCGCUGUUAGCUGAUUACACUGGAGGGACUGCUAUUAUAACUGUUAUUCCACAGUCCAUGCAGUGGGAGCUAGCUCAAGCUACGGUGCAGAGAGCAGUGGUCGGUAAUCUCUUUACCAUAGGCGCGUGUGGUCUCUUCGUGGUGCCUUUGGCGCAUUACUUUGGGCGCUUGCCAGUUACCCUUUUCUUCCAAUGCGUCAUGGUUGGCACCUGUGCAUGGUCGGCCGCAGCCACCAGCUUUCCCUCUUAUUUAGCCGCGCGUAUUAUCAACGGCUUCUUCUGUAGUGUUGGUCAGGGAGGCGCCCUAAUGUGGAUCAAAGACCUCUUCUUCUUCCACGAGCACCCCAAGGUAAUAAAUUAUGUGGAAUUCUCCAUUAUCAUGAGCCCGUAUCUUGGCCCUUUGAUCACCUCAUUCAUCGUGUCUGGGGUCAGCUGGCGCUGGGCAUUCUGGCUGUGCACAAUCAUGUCCGGAGUGGGCCUUAUACUGAUUCUCUUUCUGGAUGAAUCAUUGUUUGACCGCAAGCACCCGCCGUCGUCCCGAGGGUCCUAUAUUACUCGUCUCACUGGCGCGCAUCAAGCGAAAUAUUGGAAACAUAAAAGCCUCGUUCAGUGUUUGGCACUGCCUGUUAUAGCCAUAACUAAGAUACCGGUGCUCACUAUCCUGGUAUACUACUUCCUCAACUUCGCCUGGGUCAUCGGCGUCAAUACGACGAUCGGGAUCUGGUUGACCAAUAUAUAUGGCUUCUCGACCAGAGGCAUAGGAUAUUUCUACUUCUUCGGCAUUAUCGGUGUCCUGCUUGGCUGGUUCGCCGGGCACUUCCUUCACGACGCUGUUGGACAGUACUACAUCAAACGCCACGGUGGACGACUAGACCCCGAAGCUCGGUUAAUUAUCACGUACCCUGCGACGAUUAUCUGCUGCGUUAGUUUGAUCAUUUUGGGUCUGGCAUUUGAAUAUCACUGGCACUACAUGGUCAUCGCAGUGUUCGCGGCUAUUCAAUGUAUCGGUGUCAUGAUUGUCACGACGGCUAUCAAUGCCUAUCUCCUUGAUUCCUAUCCGGAGGGUUCAGGCGUCGUGGGUGCAUGGGUAACAGCCAGUCGCAACUGGGCCGGCUUCAUGGCUACUUAUAUCCAGAUUGACUGGGUAACACGGAUUGGACCUGCCAAGGCAUUGGGGAUCCAGGCGGCUAUCACCUUCGUGUCGGUAUUUUUCAUGAUGUUCUUGCAGGUAUACGGUAAACGACUGAGGCAAUGGCAGGGACGGAUGGUAUUUUAUAGGGAAGGAAAAUAAUAGUUAGUUCGUGUCAAUGGAAAAAGCCUUGAAUUUGCAAUCAUUCAAUGAAUGGAUACACUGACCCGAAAAGUGUCAGGUCCCAUUAGUACGUCCCCUGGCUAGACAAACUGUUUAGGGUUGAGCCCAGUGACCGUAGCAUAUACUACGAAGAAUCAUCCUUGUCUCGAA